AUGGAGGUUUUGAACCAGACCCAUCAACAACAUAGUGGCGGUGGUUCAAAUAUGAUGCAAAUUCAAACUGGCAGCACAUCAGAUAGAUUAUUGACGGUGAAUAAUUCGACUGGUAUGGUUGAAAUGAGUGUCACCGUACCUCGAUUCACACAUAAUAACAAGGUUGGUUGAUUUAUCCUGAUUUUUUUCGCGGUUUUUCUGCAAUUGUGUGUUUCUGUGUUAUCAGCUGGUUUUUCUUGUUGUAAAUUUCAAAUUUAAUAUUAUUGACGUGAUGAUUGUUUUUUGUUGUUUAUUGCACAUUUUUUUUUCGUUUGGAUUGACGUUUCUUUUUUUCUCGAAGAAAUUUUCGGAUCCGAAAUAGUUUUAUUUUUAUUUUUAAAGAUUUCGAAAUAUUUCAUUGAGAUCUGUGUUGAAAUUGUCGAUAAAUGUAUAUAUAGGUUUUUGUAGAAAACCACCUGCACUUGUUUUUGAAGUUUUUUGAUUUUUUGAGUUCUGUGUGUAUAAUUUUAGACUGAUAUAGCUACUCUUUCGACAAAAAUCAAUAAUCCAGAAAAAAUAUUUUUUAAAAAUUAAUGAUGCUGAAGUUCAUGAAAACAAUAUUUUCAAAAAUUAUUUUGUUUCAAAGUUUUUCCUUUCAAAUUCUGGAAGUUUUUAAAAAUUUUUUGUGGAAAUGUAUAAUUUUGGAUUUUGUGUAUACCUUGAGCUUUGGAAACUUGAUAAAUAAAUUUCCUGAAAACAUUUCCAUCUGUUUUUUUUUGAACUUUCAAGAUUCUGAAAUAGAAACGCGUUAUCUGACAAAUUCAAUUUUUCUUCAUAAAUUUGGAAAGCGUAUUUUUACCUGAAAAACAACUCCUAUAUUCUCUUAAAUAUUAUUAUCCAUAACUUUUUAAUUCAACAUUUUUCCCAAGAUUUCACUUCUCUUUAGACCUCUCGUAUCAUAUCAAAAAAACGUUCGGUAAAAAAUAUCUCAAAUCACCUGUUUUUUUCAAUUUUGUUUUCUGAAUUAUUAAUUUUGAAUUUCCUUAUAUUGAUCUUGAUGUCAUGUUUUUUAUCUCAACUUCUUUUUUAUCGGACGUCUCACAGCAGUUCCGUUUCUGCAAAAGCACUGUUGAUUAUGUUUUAUCAUUUCGAAAAUUCCGAAAUUCCGAAGUGAUUGAUUUGACCUAUUAUUUACUAGGAAUGACUCAAAAAUAAUAACAACAAACCCACUCGUAUGCUCAUCUAAAUCACGAUUGUUUAUCAAAACUUUGCAUGCACUUCAACCUUAAAAAUAACAACAAUUGCCACUUUAUCUAUCCAUAAAUAUGUAUAACAUUCCAGAUUCUUCAUCAUUCUCAUCAACAACAUUCACAACAAAAGUACACACCUUUCAAACAAUCAAUGGCAAAAGAUCAUCAUCAUCUUCAACAACAACAAAAUCGAAAUUUGACAACAACAUCGUCGAGUUCUUCACUAUUCAACGAUCAGGUUAGUAAUUUGACCUUUUUUAUUUUGCUCUUCACUAUCAUCUUAUUGUUUUUUUUUUUGAAAAAAAAUAAGCAAAAAAUGAGAAGAAAGAGAAAAGUAUAGUUGCUUUUGAGCUUGAAAUGAUCUGAUAUAUAUCUGUUUUUUCUUUUUCAAGGAAUCAUCGAUUAACUCGUCAACAUGUAAUGAGGUGAUUGAAGUUCAACAAAUUCCAUCUCAACAACAAUCACCGAUUUUGUUGCAAUCAACACCUACGAUUGUGACGACAACAACUUCAAAUAAUAAUGUUGGAGGAGGAAAUAAUGGGGUCAAACAAUUGAGUGAUUUCAAAGUGCAGGAGUUGAAACAUGAGUGCAAGAUUCGGAACUUGCCUGUUUCAGGUGAAUAUUUUGGGAGAACGGGUAAUAAAAAUAAACUCAGAAUCAGAGAAAAAUAUAACAAAUUUUGGAAAUAUAUACUUACGAGAAUCUGAUAAAGAUUUUUCGAUAAAAAAAAGUGAUGGGUUUAAUAUAAAUUCAUAGUUUUUCAACUGACUCAUACCGAAUUUAGGAAAAAAAAUUGUUCUUCUUUCCGAAAUGAAAAUCCCAAGUUCCCAAUCUGAAAAAAAUUAAAGUAAUUAGUGGGUAUUUCUCAAUCAUAGCAAUUUUUUAAAGAUUUGCCAAUUUUAUAUUCCCAGGGUAACGCUCCGAAUUCGAUUCUGAUUUAAUUUCAAAUUUUAAAAAUGAUGUGUUAAAAAAUAUAAUGUUCUUUCAAUGAAACACCAAAAAUUUCGAAAUUUUUCUUCAAUUUUUCCAAUUCUGUGUAAAAUUUGGGAAAAUGUUCUAAUUUCCUGUUUAUUUUCAGUAAUUUCCGAUUUUUCGAAAAUUCAAAAUAACUUUUUUUGCACCGAAUUCCUAUAUUAUUUUAAAAUUGGAAUACUGAUACACAUUUUCAAAUAAGCAACACAGUGUAUUCCUUUUAUUUCAAACUUUGCACUUUUUGUUGUCUCCUGAACUUUUCAUCCAAAAAUUCCCAAACAUUCUUCUUAUUUCAAAAGUGCGUCUAUACACACCCGCCACGUUUCAAAUGACCAGUCAAAGAUCAUCAAAAUGACAACUGUUACCCAUUGUUUUUUGUCUUGACACAAAAACAACACAUUCUCGUCAGAACCCCCUCAAAAACUUGGGAAUAAAUCAAAAACAACUUUAUCUUGUGCAUUUUUUUUGCAGGAGCCAAACCUCAAUUGAUCGAAAGAUUGCGUCCAUAUCAAAAAGAAAUUCUCGAAUCGAAAAUGCAAUUUGAUAUUUUUCCACAAACACCUUCAGAGGAGGUCUAUAACAUGAGCUCAUCAUCUUCUCCAAAAUCCAAUCAUAGGUUUAUCUUUAUCUUUUUUUUUUUGUGAUGCUUAUGUUUCUAUUACACUGAUCAUUGAGCAUCAAGACGUAGUAUUUCCACUCUGAUUUCAUUUUCAUUUCAAUUGUUUUUAGCUCAACAUUGGUGAUCAACAAUUUCUUGCAACAACAACAUCAAAAAACCGAAAUGCAGAAAAACUCUCAAGUUGUUCAGGUAAACAUUUUUUUUGCAUCUUUUACCCAAACAAUAAUAAAUCAAAGUAAUAUUACAAUAUUUUGACCUCUGCUCCAUUUCUUCCGGGUUUUCAUCUUUUUUUUUCAUAAAUAAUGCAUCUCUAGUUGUAAUCAAUUAAAAAAGUUUUUUUUAGCUUGUUGAUGGAUCGGGCAAAGUUCUUGGAUUGGCACGAGUACAAUAUCCAGCACAAAAACAAAUGGAAUCACCAAUCAAUUUGAGUCCACCAACUCCGACUUCAAGUUAUAAUAAUAGUCAACAGUUUAUUCAAAAAACUGAUAAUAAUAUUUAUCGUUUUUCACAACUUGGAUCUGGCGGACAAUUCACAUUGGCUUCAGAAUACUCACAAGAAGAACCAUAUAAUGUUCAAAAACAAGAAGAUUCAAGGAAUAUGUAUGUGUCUCCAAAUCCAACUGUUUAUACUCAUCAACCUCAACAACAAAAAUUUGAAGAAUGUAGAAUGUUGCCACCUCAACAAAAAAUGCAGCAACAACCCCAAGUGCUCCAUAAAAGGUAAGUGAUUCAAAAUGUUUUUUAGUAUGACUUUUUCAAAAUCCCCAAUCGUUUGAAGUUCUCACAAUAUUUUAACAAUCUGAAAAAUCCGAAACCACACCUUUGCCCCCUCCCGAAUAUUUAUCCCACAAACAAUAAUCAAUCAUUUUUAGUAGUAUGAGUCUUCAAGACAGCCCAUGUGCAGCAGAUCAAGCCGGAAAAUCGCCGAACAUGCCAAUCAGUGAGCAGAUGAGCUCCUCCUCCUCCUCGUCAUGCACAAACACAAACAACAGUAGUAACAUUGGUACUACUAGUAGUUUUCAAGAGAUUUUCAACGAUGAGACGACGAGAACAUCAACACCACCUCAUCAACAGCAACAACAGCAGCCAUCAACAAGUUCUAUGGUUUUUGAUACGCAGAAAUUGUGAGUUUUUCUGAAAAGAACAACUGACGUUUAUUUGCUUCGCCUUCUUUUUUUCUGAUAUAAUAUGAGAAAAAAAAAGAAGAAACAACAUAUCAAUAUCAGGUCUCGGAAUGUAGUAAUUUUGGUGUCAUAGGGUUAUGCUAAAUGCAGGGGGUCUAAAAGUUUUUUGAAAGUUUUGAAUUUGGUUUGAAUUAAAUAUAUUCGAAUAUCACAAAUAAUUAUUAUUUUGAAAAAUUUUGACCAAAAACAACAAUUCACAAAAAUUCUUAUUUCACAACUAUUUCCAGACUAUCACCAAAAACUUUGCAAAUCCAUGAAGAAAUGAUCCGUGAGCAACAAAAACAAAUCAACGAAAUCAUGACUCUAUUGGGAAAAAAUCAAAAACUUCUGAAAGAGCAACAAGAACUCAUUCUGACUGCCAAAAAAGAGCAACAAAAAUAUAAGCAGAAAAUGAAUAAACUGUCAGUGAUGGAUCAAAAAGUUGUUGUGAAAAGCUCCAACGAUUUCCGUCAAUUGAAUCGCCAACAUAUUCAACAAUUUUUGGCUCAUAAAGCACAACAACAACAGAUUACUGAGCACACUGAUGAGCAUAAUCGAUUGCAUAAGACAGAGACGAGAUUGGUGGAAGAGUUGCAUGUUGGAACUGCGGUUGAAGAUAUUGUUAGAUUGAUAAAACAGGUCAGUUGAGAUUUCAGUCUUUUAAAAAAAAUAUAUACCUAUCAACCCACAAACUCAAUAUUUCAGGACGCCAGAACAGCUCUCUUAAUAGUGAGCCUUCUCCACAAAUAUCGUGUCGAAAGAGAUCAACAACAUCUAACCUCAGCUACCCAACUUCAACCAAAAAAGGUCAAGGAAAUGAGCCCGCCUCUCACUAUUCCAAAGAAGAAGCAAUCUGUACAUAAUAUGAAUCUCAAUCUUACCAAUACCGCCACCAUUUCUACUCCAACUCCAAGAAAAGCUCAGAAGCGAGCCUCAACAACACCACAACCAGCACCAAUUGCUCCACAACAACCGAUUCAAAGAGAGCGUGAAAAUGUGGAUAUGGAAGAGAUUUUCAAAAGUGUGAUUGAAGAUGCAUCGAGAAGCACAUCAAAAACAACCUCGCUUCUCCAUCAUCCACAACAAGUUCAAUCUCAACCAACUCAAAUCACACCUCUUUCACCACACGUUUCGACAAUGGUGAUUCAAAUUGAAGAAUCGCCAAAAGUUCAACAACAAAAUUAUGAAAUGCAAUAUGAUUAUGAUAAUGGAAUUCAAACCCAACAAGUUCAACCACAAAUUGUUAUGGAGAAUGGAAAUAUGUUUGAAACUGUAGGUUUUUCAGAUGAGAAAUAUAUCAGAUGAUGUUUAGCUUUGAGAAAAAUUAGAUAAAACUAGAAGAAGUUCAUUUUCAAUAUUUCAUAAAUUGAUUUGAGAUUUAGAAAUUAACGUUUUGUUUCCAAAUGUCCCACAGAAUUAUUUCAUUUUUUUAUAGGAAGCAUUCCCGAACAUUGAUGAAAUGGUCGCUAAUAUGAAUGAAAGUGAGUUCUAAACCACAAAACACUAUAAAAUAUUUAAAUAAAAAUCUUAUUUUUCAGAUGACGAUCUUAAAAUCAAUCUUGACAGCGAUGAACUCGCAACAAUUCUCGGCGAUGAUUGGAUUAAUACAGCAAGCCGAAAUAUCAACAAUCAUGGUCAAUAUGAUCCACAAACACCAAACACCUCAAUUGAGCAACAACAUCGAUUUGAUGAGCAGGUAAAUUUUCAUAUUUUUUCAAUUAGUUUGAAAAUAAAAAUUGAAUUGUUUUCAGCAAAACAUGGAUUGGCUCGAUCAGAUGAUUCAAAAUGGCUCGUAUGAAUAA